AUGGUUGAUAAAAUGAAAGUCUACGUCCACGGCAGCUACCGCAACAUCGAUGGACAGUAUCCUGUCGCCGUCUCCACCGCCGUCUUCACACACGAGUCCGGCAGCCACAAGGCUUGGACCCGAAUCGUUCCCGCCCAGCCCACCCCUACCCGCCAGCGCGCAGAUCUCAUGGCCAUCGUGCUGGCGCUCGAAAAGGCGAUUGUGGAUGAUGGCCGCCUCUACGACAAGCGUGCGGUGGAUCUGAACAUCUAUUCCGGAUCGCUGUAUGCCGUCAAGAGCCUCACUGAUUGGGCCGACAGGUGGAUCUACAACGGGUGGAUUGGAACUGAUGGACGCGAGGUUGACAACCAGGACUUGAUUAAACGGGCGUUGCAGGUGGAGGAGAUGUUGAUGGAUGGGGGAAGUGUGAGGUAUACGUGUAUCCCGAGGGAGGAGAAGACGGAGGCAAAUACAUAUGGUGAGCAUGCUCUGAACUUGUGGAUGGGAGGCUUUCCAAUUGGGUGGGAAUGGGAAUGGCCGAGAAACACCAGGCAGGUGUAG